CCUCCCGCGCACAUACGGCCAUGGCGGAGGCCUCCUCGCUGGAGAGGCAGAGCCCUGGGGUGGCCUCCUGCCUCACUCGUAGCCUGUGCCCUGGAGAGCCCGGCUUGCAGACGACAGCAGUGGUGUCCAUGGGGUCUGCAGGCCACCAGUUCAACCUCGCAGAGAUCCUGUCGCAGAACUACGGCAUCCGGGAGGAGUGUGAGGAGGCUGCCAGUGGCCUGGAGAAGCCCGAGGAGGAGCUGGAGAAGCAUUUCAUCACCCAGAACAGUGACAUGCCCCUCGACGAGCUGCUUGCCCUCUACGGCUACGAGGCGUCAGACCCCAUCUCGGACCGGGAAAGUGAGGGCAGCGAGGCUGCAGUGCACCUCCCGGACAUGACCCUGGACAAGGAACAAAUAGCGAAGGAUUUGCUUUCGGGGGAAGAAGAAGAGACACAGUCUUCAGCCGAUGACCUCACCCCGUCCGUGACCUCCCACGAGGCCUCUGACCUUUUCCCCAACCAGAGUGGAUCCUGCUUCCUGGUGGAUGGAGCCAAAAAGCCCAGCUCCUCUGCCUCGUCCGACACGGAGGAGGACCCCUUGCCUGCCAACAAAUGUAAGAAGGAGAUCAUGGUGGGGCCUCAGUUCCAAGCUGACCUCAGUAACCUGCACUUGAACCGCCAUUGUGAGAAGAUCUAUGAGAACGAAGACCAGCUGCUCUGGGACCCCAACAUGCUCCCCGAGCGGGAGGUGGAGGAGUUCCUGUACCGGGCGGUGAAGCGGAGGUGGCACGAGACGGCUGGGCAGCUCCCGGAGGGGGAGAUGGUGAAAGACAGCGAGCAGGCCCUGUAUGAGCUGGUGAAAUGCAACUUCAAUGUGGAGGAGGCCCUGCGGAGGCUUCGCUUCAACGUGAAGGUGAUCCGAGAUGGUUUCUGUGCCUGGAGCGAGGAGGAGUGCAGGAACUUCGAGCACGGCAUCCGGGUGCACGGGAAGAACUUCCACCUGAUCCAGGCCAACAAGGUCCGCACUCGCUCCGUGGGGGAGUGUGUGGAGUACUACUACCUGUGGAAGAAGUCAGAGCGCUAUGACUACUUCUCCCAGCAGACUCGGUUGGGCCGACGAAAGUAUGGCCUGUCGGGAACCACGGACACAGACCAGGAUUUGGACGGUAGUGACCCCGAUGGCCCUGGCUGCCCUCGUUCCUCUCUGUCCCUGCCCCCCACUGCCGACGGGCUAGACCCCGACCAGGAACCACUCGCACAGAUGCGCACAGAGCCACUGAGUGUCGACAGCACGGCGGGCAGUCUUGGUGAGCCGCGGGAGGGCUCGCACGGCCUUCCUUCUUUGGAGCCGGGGCUCUGUCCGUUCCAGCAGCUGGACGCGCCCUCUCCUGUGCCCCUGCCCCAGCGGCCCCCGGCCCUGGCCGAGCCGGCCUUCUACCCCCCAGCCACCUCUGCUCUGGAGCCCGGCACGAGCCCGAGAAUGGCCGUGGACUUCACCCUGCCCGGGGCCCUCCCUGAGGAGCUGCCCCUCAUCUCUAACCACGUGGACAUGAAUGGAGAACCUGAGGAGGCCGAGGGCCCCGCGCAGGUGGCCUUGUCGGUCACAGAGUUUGGACUCAUCGGCAUUGGGGACGUGAAUCCCUUCCUGGCCACCCACCCAGCGUGCCCGGCUCCUGGGCUGCACUCGGAGCCCCUGUCACACUGUAACGUGAUGACCUGUUGAUCCCUGGCUGCAGGUGGGCGUGUGUGGCCUGGACUGGACUUGGGGUCACCACAGGGCCUGCCUCUGUCAGUCUUUCCGACCCUUCCCCUCCUCAUGGGCCUUGGGUAUGCCUUCUCUGCUUCAGAACACUUCAAAGACUGGGGUGAACGGUGGCCAGGCUGCUGGCCCUCCCCCUCCCCCCUCACAGACUGGCACCCUCAACCCCCGGCACCACUGCCCAGCUCCAGGCUGCCGCCCCCACAUGGGACCCGGGACCGCCAGGCACCUGGGUGCAGAGGUCCCAGCUCCGUCCAGCCAGCAGAGGCAGGAAAGGCGUCCCUGCCACACGUCCGGGGAACGGGAGACAGGGCAGGAUGCCACCCCUUACCAGCAGCCUCGCCGGGGCGCCCUUGGCACUCUGCUUGGCUCCAUCUCCCCACGGCUGGCAGGGCUGCAGGUUGCUCCAGCCCGGGGGUCGGUAGAAAGCUGCUACUCGGUGCCAAACCCAGUGGGGCACAGAGCCAUAUACCUCGAUGUCGGCCCAGCCCCGCCCUGACCUCUGCCCGCUCUCUCCACUUCAGGAAAAGCCGCACUUUACACCCCACCUGCUUCCCCCCUUCUCCCCAGGGCCCCUCAGCAGCCUUGGGCAUGGGUUCAGGAGACAGGUGACUUACACCCCCCUUGGUUCCACGGCCCUGUUGCCUGCAACACUGAGGGACUGGGCUCCAGCUGCUCCCCUGACCCAAAGGUCGUCUUUCUGUUGAAACUCCCCUUGAGAUGGUUUGGGGUCCUGGUCCUUAUCCUCCUGGCCUCCCUCCUUUUAUUUAUGCUUCUGUUUACAAAUUGGAGUGGGGUCCUCCAGCGGGGCAGGGCGGUGCUCCCUGCCCCCGGGUGUCACCGAGUCAAUGGCCGGAACCCAUCUGCAGAGCCGGACUCAACCUUCCCUCUCACCCCACCAAGGACCACACUGUGAAGUGACAACUGCCUUGAACUCCUUGCUGUUUUAUUUAUUAAACUUGAUUUGAA